UAAGCAGAAGCCGAGAGCGAUGAUCUGUAGAGAGAGAAGGAGGGUGCUGGCUGGAUGCACGAAGAGCAUCUCGGCGGGAAGGAAUAGACCGGGACGAAGUUCACCGGGAGGGCUGACGCUAGAUUUUUGACUUCUGGUGAGGAAAGCAUUACCAUGAGACUGGAACAGGAACUCUUCCCACUUCUGCUGCUCUUGGGAGCAAUCACCACUUUCCAGUGCCAGGAAUUUCCUGUGCGUGUAAAAAGAGGAGCUCGAUCAAGAGCCAUAUGUAGAGACCCAUCAACCCAACAGAUUUAUCAGCAGAGGGAGAGCUGGCUUCGUCUAGUGAAUAGCAGGGUCGAAUACUGUCGGUGUGAGAGUGGCCGCAGCCGCUGCCAUGCAGUGCCUGUCAGAGCCUGUGCGCAGCAACAGUGCUACAAUAGGGGCAUCUGCCAGCAAGCAUUGUACUCCCCCAACCACUUCAUCUGCUCCUGCCUCCCGGGCUUCUCUGGGAAGCAGUGUGAGAUUGAUGCUGAAGCCACUUGUUACAAGGAUGCAGGAGUUACUUAUAGGGGGACGUGGAGCACAACUGAGAGUGGAGCCGAUUGCUUAAACUGGAACAUUAGUGCCUUGGUGCAGAAGCGGUACAAUGGGCGCCGGGUGGACGCCAUGGAGCUGGGGCUCGGCAAUCACAACUACUGCCGAAAUCCAGAUGGGGACACUAAACCCUGGUGCCAUGUUUUCAAAGCAGGAGUAUAUUCCAGGGAAUAUUGCAGCAUCUCUUCCUGCUCCACAGGAAAGGACAACUGUGUUUCUGGAAGGGGCACCGAGUACCGAGGCAGCCACAGCCACACAGAAUCUGGUGUAACUUGCCUGAGAUGGGACUCCAAAAUCCUUACUAACAAGUUCUACACAGCCUGGAAGACCAACGCGCAGCAACUAGGCCUUGGUAGCCACAACUACUGCCGGAAUCCAGACAACGACACCAGACCAUGGUGCCAUAUCCUGAAAGGCAGCCAGACUCACUGGGAAUUCUGCAGUGUGCCAGCUUGCUCCACAUGUGGAUUGAGGAAGCAAAAAGAGGCCCAGUUCCGGAUCAAAGGCGGUCUCUAUUCAAACAUCCAGUCGCACCCGUGGCAGGCAGCCAUUUUUGUCAGAUACCGGAGGGUACGUGGAGAACACUUUCUCUGUGGAGGGAUCCUAAUCAACUCCUGCUGGGUCCUCUCAGCAGCCCAUUGUUUUGCAGAGAGGUUCAUUGUCAGUCGCCUCAAGGUUGUGUUGGGUAGAACAUACCGUGUGAUCCCCGAAGAAAAUGAGCAGCAGUUCCAAGUGGAGAAAUACAUUAUGCACGAAAACUUUGACGGAAAUACAUACGACAAUGAUAUCAUUUUGCUGAAACUUAAAACUAGCUCAGGAGAGUGUGCAAAGGAAACAGACACUGUUCGUACUGCCUGUCUCCCAGAGCCUGGGCUGAAACUGCCUGAUUGGACAGAAUGUGAGAUCUCGGGCUAUGGCAAACACGAGGAAUUUUCUCCCUUCUACUCGGAACGCCUGAAGGAAGGUCAUGUGAGGCUUUAUCCGGACAGCCGCUGCACACCCCGCCAACUCUCUAACAGGACUGUCACAGAGAACAUGUUAUGUGCAGGAGAUACUAGACAGCUGGAUGAUGCCUGCAAGGGAGAUUCUGGGGGGCCGCUGGUUUGUCUGAAAGAUGGCCACAUGAACCUCAUUGGCAUCAUCAGCUGGGGUGACGGCUGUGGGAAGAAAGACACACCUGGUGUUUACACAAAUGUGAUUCGCUACCUGAACUGGAUUCAGGAAAACAUGAAGCCCUGAUGGCCUCAGUGAAACCAUAUUAGAGCCUCCCUCUUGUCCUCCACUCUGGAAUCUCCUUACAGGUGCCGUGGAUGGCAAAAUGAGGGUGUUUCUCACGAGCAUCAGGAUAGGCUGGCAGAGGAGGCGCAUGCUUUGGCCUGUACCCUUUCAUUCCUCUUCAGAGGUGAUUAGUUUAGGUGUUUGGGUCAUGUGUGUGUUCUCUGCGUAUUCAUCAAGUCACAAGGACACAGUUGUGCCAACAUCCCUCCCCAGGCAGCCCUAGAGAUUGGUAGUAGGAGAGCCCCACGUGCUGCUGGAAAUACAUGCAAGAGUAUCUGGAAACUUUUAGUUUUUUUUUUUUUUAAAUGAGGAGAAAAAUUAGUGGUGCUUGAACUGUGAACUUUGUGUACAGAGAAGCAUGGGUGCAAUGCUUGGGUGACUGGCUACAUCUCAGAGCACUCCCAUUCCAGUCUGUUCUGAAGUUACAAUGAUGGCAGCAGUUCCAGAAUUGGGGAUGGGUGGGUCUUGUCAAGGCACAUGGAGAAUGUUUUAAUCUCCCCCGCCCUUGACCUUCAAGGGCACCCUCUGUUAAGUGAGAAUGAUGGUGCUCUUUUGAGGCAGUGGGUCCUUUGCAGGGCCUGCAGCCCCUUGCCCAUGCCUGAGCUUGUCACCCUUUCAAGCCUGCCGUGUUACCAAGAAGAGAAGAGAGCCUUUGGAAGGGGGGUUCCUGCUCUUUCAACAAAAGGCAACUGGCAAAACAGAACUAAAGCGCAACUGGCUGUUAGGAAGUACUUUUGUUCCUGUCAGAGGAUCAAAUUGUGUCACACUCCAGCUGAACUGCUAUCCAAAGUUUUCUCAAACUGAGCGUCCUUGACACUUCCCUUCCUGGCCAAAUUUGAAAGAUUAUUUUUAUACUCUGUAGGUAUUAAACCUUCUUGCAAUGCACUUGAACAGCAGAGUUGAUUUUUUUAUUGUUCAGCAAGACUGGCAACUUUUUUGUCACUGGUGUCUGUCAUGCAUUAAACUGUUACUCUACUGGA